UGGCAAUCCAAUUCAUUCAAUCACAAAUACAAAACUACACACAGCUACUACUACUGUGGUGUUGUUGUGUGAGCUCGAACGAGUUGACUCAGAGCAAGAAAAAAUGUCGUUUACACGGCGGGCCGUGAAAGUACCACCGAACUCAGCGAGUUUGGAGGAAGCGAGGCACCGAGUUAUCGAUUUCUUCAAAACAGUGUGCCGAUCCAUCCCAACCAUCAUAGACAUCUACAACCUCGACGAAGUCGCUACCGUCUCCGAGCUCCGCUCCUCCGCCGCCGCCCAGAUUCGCAAGAAUUCUCACAUCACCAACACCAAGGUGAUUGAUAUGUUGCUGCUCAAGGGAGUUGAAGAGUUCAACAACAUAGUGGAGCACGCUAAGCAGCGGCAUCAUAUAAUUGGCCAGUAUGUGGUGGGUCAAAAAGGGCUUGUGCAGGAUUCGGGCACCAAGGAUCAAGGCGACUCUAACUUUCUCAAAAAUUUCUACAAGAGCAACUACUUUUGAAUCUUUACUGUUGGAUGGAUGUGCCUUCUUUGCUUGUGUAAUUGGGCUCCCCUAAUAAAGAUGUACUUGAAAUUGGUUUUGUAUCUUGCAUUUGGAUAAAGAUCCUUGUAUCUUCUGUUAUGGUCAGUAUGUUGGAACCAAAGUACUACUGAAACCUUGUUUUUGUUCUCAAAAUUCAAGAAAUUUGGUGUUAGUACUAUUGGAUGAGGCAAA